UUAAACUUAACCUAUUUUCGUAAUGGUAAUGUCAUUUAUGUUUUUCUUCAAUUAAAAUGUCUACAACCGUUGAAAAGCCAGAUAACGCACCAGAACAUUGCCCUGGUACGGGAAGCGAGAAUGCUGGAAAAGUUUCUGCUUGUGCGGGUUGCCCUAAUCAACAAAUUUGUGCCUCGGGGCCAAAAGGUCCAGAUCCGGGGAUACAAUUAGUAAAGGAGCGCUUAGAACAAGUAAAGAACAAAAUUCUGAUACUUUCUGGGAAGGGAGGCGUCGGGAAAAGUACCGUAACAGCCUUAUUGAGUAGAGCUCUAGCUGCAGAUGAUUACGAAAGAAAUGUAGCCGUUCUUGACAUCGAUAUAUGUGGACCUUCUCAGCCACGAGUUUUAGGUGUAUUGGAUGAACAGGUGCAUCAGUCUGGCUCCGGAUGGUCUCCAGUUUAUGUGGAUGACAAUUUGUCGGUAAUGUCUAUAGGAUUUUUACUUUCUACCCCAGAUGAUGCGAUUAUUUGGAGGGGACCAAAAAAGAAUGGCAUGAUUCGGCAGUUUUUAAGCGAGGUCGAUUGGGGCAAACUCGAUUUUUUACUUAUGGAUACUCCGCCAGGUACUUCUGACGAACAUUUAUCUGCAACGACGUACUUAUCGCAGGCCGAUCUUACUGGGGCCAUAAUAGUCACUACCCCACAAGAAGUUGCUUUACUGGAUGUAAGGAAGGAGAUAGAUUUUUGUCGGAAAGUCAAAGUGAACGUGUUGGGUGUUAUCGAAAACAUGUCCGUCUUUGUUUGCCCGUGUUGCCAGAAAAUUUCUGAAAUAUUUCCUCCCACGACUGGUGGUGCCAAAGGAAUGUGUUUAGAUUUAGGUGUUCCGUUCUUGGGUAGUUUACCUUUAGAUCCUAAAAUAGCGAGGUGUUGUGACGAAGGAAAGGACUUCUUGACAGAGUUGCCGGAUUCCCCGGCUGUUCUAGCCUUGAAGGAUAUUAUUCAAAAAUUAGUUAAGGUUUGUGAGGAGAAAACGACCAAAUAAAAUUAUAUAAAUUAUAUUUUAAUGUAUGUGGUGAUAAUACACAAAUUUUAUAUUAAAUAUUGUUGAACUUAA